CAUUGUCCCGGACACAGACCAGCAAAACGGCAAGCACAGAGGAAAUAUUUGGCACAAGUCUUCAGAUGCAACUCAGAAUGGGUCUUUGAUUCAAAGCUGGUCCCGGCACAGAUCCUUCAGCAUCACUCAAAUUGUGGAAGAGGAACCUGUGACUGAUCUUUCAGAGAUGUUUCCUGACACUGCCAGAACCCCCACUGGAAUCUAUGCUACAAAGAGACUGCCUAUAAAGGGAGCUGCGGGCCGCGCUGUGCAAUUUAAAUGCCCUGAAAUAUCACUACUGAGUCCCACCACAAUGGAGAGGCAGGAGAUUCAGCAGUGUCUGGUGCCUUUGUGGGUUCAGAUCGUAGUCUUCCUCCUGGUGGUCUGCAUGCUGUACCUAAUCUACUCCUCCAUGGAGGAGCAGCUGUCCAAUCCUUUCACUGUUCUGCUCCACGGUCUGCAUGAAGCUGCUCUCAUAUCCACCUCACAGGACUAAUCUGCCACGGUCACAACACCUUGCCAAAGAAGGUUAAUUCAAAUUUACCUCUGGCUCUAGUCAGUCAAGUGUCCUUCAGGAGUUUCUUUUUAAGCUGGUGUCAGAGGAAACUGCAGGAAACCCAAAGAGCUACUGUACAUCAGAACACCUGCAUUCUUUGCCACAAUGUCUGCCUUCAAAGAUAUAAGAGGAUGAUAAACUGAAUUAAUGAGACAUGUAGUUGGCUAAUCCUGUGCGUUGGGUGCUGUUCUCAGAUAUAAAACCACAGGUGUAUUUUAUACAGUUUGAGUUGAACUCUAACAGAAAUGAUCAUUCUUCUCUUACACCGCUGGACUGAUUCAUCUUGCCGUUUUAAAUGUGUACUUUGUUUUGUGAGUAAAUAAAUGUUCUCCUGAGAUUGUUCUGUCUCUUAAAGAUAAAUUUAUAUUAACACCAAGGAGGGUCUUUAGAUGCCAAAUUUGUGUAAAUGAGACCAAUGGCCCUGAAAAAUAAAGCCUGGGAAAAUGUACUAUGUGCACCUCUCACAUGUGACGUAAGGGACCGAUAGAAUAAUGAAGUUAUUUGGAGUACUGCGGCUAAAUAUUCUGCAGA